GCCUCUGCUCCUAGGUUGGUGCAUGUAUAAAGAGCCUCUACUGUUCCAGUAGUAAUUCUGCUACAUUCGGCCUCCACGGCGUCAGGAAAUUACAAUGAUUGCUUCCUUUGCUCUGGCUCUCUGCACGUUUGUACAUUGUGCGGCUACGAGUGAUCCCCCCAGUUGUAACAAGAAUAUGGGCGAUAAAUCUAGAAUGGACGGCUACGACUUUUUGCAGGCUGGUACCAGGUAUUUACUCGUGGCGACAAGCCUGGAAUCCGUCUUCAAGCUUUCAGACGGCACAAACAUUCAAUGUAUUAGUGCUGUGGCUGAAGAAAAGGACGACACAAAUCAUAGCGUACUAAUGAAAGUAAGCUACAAGGAUGCCACAUCGGAGCAAUGGGGUUGGUUCAAGCAGCGCUACGAUUUCGAAUCUCAAGAAGGAGAGUAUAACCAUGUGAGAAUCAGAGAGCCUAACGGAGGACCUGAAGGAAUUUACAAAUUCUUGCUGACCACAUUCGGGUGCGCCGUUGUGGAGGUGAAAAACUACACACUGCGCGAGGACGUCCAAUCUGAAGAAACUGCGGUUCAGGAGCGCACUACAGACGAAGCAAGUGAUAAAAGUCCUCACUGCAUGAUGUGGGAAAAAGAGGGAAACACGGAUGCAACACAAACCUGCUGCGAGCGAUUUUUCACAGAAAACUGCAAGCCAAAAAAUACAGCAUAUGAAUACUCUCCAAAUAAAUGCCCGGUGCCCACAUAUGAUGAAGAUUCAGAGCUGUAAUGACUCGUGCAAAUAUAUAGCAGAGAGGAGAAUAAACUUUAUUGAAAACCG